AUGGGUUUUGAGGAAGGUGGAGAAGAGCUCACUUAUGAUCUCCCCACUCAGCCACAUACACCCUUCAUGGUAAGUCCAGUGUCUAGCCCGGCCCACUGUUUGUCCAGCUGUUUGGAGCAGUGUCUGGUCCCAUGUGACCUGGUGUUUCUGCAGCUGCCAUUGGAUCAGAACACAGACCCACAGGACGCUCCUGGCCUGUUUAUCUGGGAUGCUCCCCUUCUGGAUUGGGUUCAGACCCUCCCAACGUGGCAGCAGCAGAUCAAUGAGAAUGACCAGCAGUUUAUACAAGAACACAGCGACAGCCUCGACAGUCAGCAGGCUUUCCCCUCACCGUUCCCCUUUACUCCAGAAAUCAACCGCAAGAUUAUCCUCCAUGUUGGAGAUGUGGCCUUGUUAAACUGCACAGCCAUUGUGAACACCAGCAACGAAUCUCUAAGUGACAAGAACCCAGUGUCUGACAUGAUCCACCAUUUGGCAGGACCAGAGCUGAAAGAGGACCUUUUCAAACUCAAAGGAUGCCGAACAGGAGAAGCCAAACUCACCGAAGGCUUUAACCUGGCAGCGCGGUUCAUCAUUCACACAGUGGGGCCUAAGUACAAGGCCAAAUACAGGACGGCAGCCGAGAGCUCUCUCUACAGCUGUUAUAGGAACAUCAUGCAACUGGCUGCUGAGCAGUCCAUGGCAUCUGUAGGUUUUUGUGUGGUCAGUACAACCAAAAGAGGUUACCCACUGGAGGAUGCGACGCACAUAGCUCUGAGGACAGUACGGAGGUUUCUGGAGAACCAUGGGAACAGUAUUGAGACUGUGGUAUUUGCUGUUUCAGAGUCUGAGGAGGUGGUGUACAGAAAGCUGCUGCCCUUGUACUACCCUCGUUCUGAAGAUGAGGAGAGGGCCUUCCUGCCCCUUAUUCCUGCUGAUAUCGGCAACUCAGAGGGUGAACCUGUCGUACCAGAGAGGCAGAUUCGAAUCACAGAGAAACCAGGCACUUUAGAAGAGGACUCUGAGGAUGGCGAGGAGAGUCUGGAGGUGGAUUUGGGGCAGGUGGGGACCCACGCAUUCGCUCGGAUGGAGGGUGAUGUCGACAAACAGCGAAAACUCAUCCUUCAGGGCCAGAUGUCUGAGGCAGCGCAGAAACAGCACCAGAGGAAUUACAAUCGUUGGUUGUGUCGAGCACGAGCAGAAGAUCUGUCAGACAUUGCUGCCCUAAAAGCCUUAUAUCAGACUGGUGUGGAUCUAUGCGGCAGGACAGUCAUGGUCUUGGUUGGACGAAACAUACCUGUGAAUCUCAUAGACAUUGAGAAGGCCUUACUGUACUUCAUCCACGUCAUGGACCACAUCACUGCAAAGGAGUAUGUGAUGGUUUACUUCCACACACUGACCGCUGAGCACAACCACCUGGACUCAGACUUCCUCAAGAACCUCUACGAUAUUGUGGAUGCCAAGUAUAAGAAAAAUCUUAAGGCCUUUUAUUUUGUGCAUCCAUCGUUUCGCUCCAAGGUUUCUACUUGGUUUUUCACCACAUUCAGCAUUUCGGGGAUCAAAGAGAAGGUGCGUUACCUUGACAACCUGCAGCAGCUCUUCACUUGCAUCAGGCCUGAGCAGAUUGACAUCCCUCCUUUUGUCUUGGAGUACGAUGCGCGGGUAAAUGGGCCUUAUAGCAGACCGCAGUCCUCUGGCCUGUGACACAGUGGGCUGUCACACUGCAGUGGACCUCAGGAGUCUUUGGGACUGUCUCUGUCUCUUUGUCUGUGCUGAUGAGACAGAGGUAACCCACAGCCUGUGUUUAGCAACGUGCGGCUGCGCAGAGCUGUCUCCACUGCAGAAGAUUUAAGGACCACACUGGUUUCUGCCUUACACCGAAAGCUCUUAUCCUCAGACAUGUCUAAAUAUGAAACUAUGAUGCACUGUUGCUCAAUACACUUUCUAUGGGACUCACAGAGAGGAUCCAUGUGCUGGACUUAGAUGUGGGAACAUUACAGCUGUCUGAACCAAUCUGCAUCAUCCAAACAGGAAGAAGAGGACACAUUAUGUUCUGAACGAUCCCUCUCCCUCGGUCACAUACAGCAGAUGAGAAACUGUCUCACUAACUUCUGCUGCUGUUGUUGCAGGGCCAGUACUCACCUGUAACUCUGGUGCACACUUUGUUCUUUGCAGGGUACUGUUUCAGAUACAUUAGUAACACAUAUCAGAGGUUGUACAUGCCUUUGAUCACUGCAGUUUAAAAAACACAGAAGUUACCAAAGUCAACUCUUUUUCAGCAAUACGACUCCAAAAGCAUUACCAUGGAAAUUCUCCAUGUUUGAAGCAAGUAUGAAAAAUGUCCACAGAGAUACAUUAGGUUAAAAAAAAAAAGUACACAAACAUGCAAUUAGCUCACUGGUCACUACAGGUAAAAACAUUUAUGACUUUAUAGUGAUAGUGUGCUUUUAAAUGAAUUUAUUGUUUAGCAUCUUAAAAUCUACAUUGGUUUAACAUUAAGCUAAAUUAAAAAGUCUAGGAGAUGUGAGACUGAAUCCUGAGCUUUAUAGCUAAAAGGAAGCAGGCAGUCGUGUGUCACAAGACUAAAAUUUCAAACACUAUUUCAAUACUAAGGAAUUAAAUCAUUACCCGAUACCAAUUACAAUACCAUAAUGAAGAUAAAACCUUUUUUUAGCAAUAUAAUGUAAUUAUGUAAUAGUACAAAAUAAUUUAUUUGUUACCAUGAGAUUUUAUACUCUGAUAAUACUCAAGUGAAUACUUACACUAAAUUUCCUGAACAGUUUAUCUGGUUUCCGAUACAUUGAUACUACAGGCAGUGUCCCUUCCAUGGAUUUAUUAUGGCCCUAUGGUCAAUCCUCUCUGUAAGAUUUUGUUUCAGACCCAAACUGUAAAAAAUAAAUGAAAAGGUUCUGGCCAGAAGUGGAAUUUUCUGCACGUUUUACACCUGGGUCUGGUUCAGAUCAAACAGUGGGAUAGUGCAGCAGUGAAGGCUCAGACAGGGUGUGGAGUAAAACUUUUCACGUGGAAAAUCCUAGAUGAAUUUUGUCAUUUAUUUAUAACCCAUUUCAUUUGUUUUAUGUGGACAACAGUUAAUUUGACUCAGAUGUACAUUUGGAAAAAGUAAAACAUUCCACUAAAGGGACACUAACUAAUCCAAGAGGUCUUCUUUCUUUGAAGUCAACUAAAUACCUAAUCAUAAAACAGAAAAUUAUAAGAAAUGUGUCAAUAUUUUCAACAGUGAUUUCUAUGCAAUCACUUUGUAAUCAGUUUGUAAAUUAACGGCUCAUUCCAGCAUAAAAUGCUGGUUGUAAUAAUUAUUGAGCUGCUUUGCUGUAGUUUCUCUUUGUGCUCUUUCUGAGAAGUAACUGAAAACAUGAGGAUUGAACCAUCACAUAUCAUUGUUCAAGAGUGAAAUGCAUUCCUGUUCACCUCUGAAGGUAUCUCUGAAGAUCUAUUAUUUGGCAUAAAACAGACAUUAUCACACUACCAAAAAGCAUUUAUACUAAUUUCUCCCAUAGAUUAAACACCACAAAUGUUUCUUUUACACUGGCCUUGGUACUCACUCAUUGAAUCAUGUUCUGAUCCAGUUGUGUUGUCUAAUUGUGAAUAUUUCUGAAUGUAAAUAUGAACUAUAAUGAGCCAAAUCUUGUUUAUUUGUAAUAUUAUUAUUUAGUUUAUUUUAAGUGCUGAAGAAAAGGAUGAACACAAUAAACAGUUUUUUAACACAA